AGGCCCAGGCCCAUCUCGUCCCACGGUCAUCGUUCCACUCUACCGUCCUCGACUACGCCGGCACGCCCGCCGCCGCCGCCGAGCAAUGGAGUCCAGGAAGCCGCCGCCCUCCGCCCUCGUCGACAACCACGUGGUCCCCGGGGACAUCGUCCUUGACCUCACCGAGAUGAUCAACCAGACCAUCAAGCUCGGCGCCGGCCUGCGACAGGAUUGCGACACCAUCCAGGCUACCAGUGCUGGGAAGCUACGGCUUUCGAAGCCCAGCAAAUACUGGAUUGAGAGCUCGCAGAAGAGGUAUAUACCUUCUGUAGAAGAUACAGUUCUUGGCGUAGUGGUUGACACCAAACCAGAUAACUUCUUGGUAGACAUAAAAGGUCCUAAUCUGGCCUUUUUACCUGUUCUUGCAUUUGAAGGUGGUACCAGGAGAAACAUUCCAAAGUUCGAGAUUGGUACACUAAUAUAUGCACGAGUGGUGAAAGCAAAUAGCAUCAUGAAUCCAGAGCUCUCGUGCAUGGAUGCUACUGGGAAAGCAGCUGAAUUUGGUCAGCUAAAAGAUGGCUAUAUGUUCGAAACGUCUACUGGCCUGUCACGAAUGUUGUUAAGUUCUCCAACAUGCCCAGUCCUAGAGGCCCUUGGCAAAAAACUGUCCUUUGAGAUUGCUGUCGGCCUGAAUGGUCGAGUCUGGGUUAAUGCUCCUUCUCCAAGCAAUGUCAUUGUUGUAUCAAAUGCGAUUAUUAAAUCGGAAUCUUUGAGUGGCAUAGGACAGCGAAGUAUGGUGGAAAGUCUCUUGGAGAGACUGUCCUGAACUCCUGAUGGGUAUGCUCAGGCAUUAUUAAUGGAUCUUCAAGGAGUUACUGGUUAGACACCACUAACGAUUCUGCACACCGGAGAGACUGACAUGAUUAUCGUGUUGUCAACCGGCAGCGAUGGAUGGAUGCUGCACAUAAACAGUCACAUCAAAGAAGCUGGUGCCUUUUGAUGGAUGAAGAUAACCCGGUGAUUGGUAAAGCUUAUGAUACUUGGGUGCGAGUUUCUCUUUGUUGCGCGCGUGGUAUCUUGGUUUGUAAGAUGUCGCCUUGAGAUUUGCACAAGAUUAUUACUUGCGUAUCCGUUCAAAGAUGAUUGGUGGAUGACAUUGCGCGUUUGCGAACGCGGACGCUAGUUUGGCUAAUUACCGCACUCAAAAUGAGAAGCGCAUGAUUAUUUAAUUAUUAGCUAAUGCAAUUUAAAAA